AUGCAAACCUCAACAAAAGUUACUAAAUCUCAGAAGGAUUUGGUCCAAUCAGAAUGCCCGAGUCCAGAGGAGGCGGGCUUUGAAGAUGUCCUGGACAACACAGAUCCCAAUGCCAACUGGGGGGCGGAGCCUAAUUUCAAUCUCGACCUCAAUCGGACUUCACCCAGCAACCCCCGGCCGGCCUCGGGGACCUCAGGGCAGCGUGGAGAGAACCACGGGAAUAAAGAUGGAGGCAGACCUGGAGUGAAGGGUGGAGUCACAACAGAAACUACCUUGAAAACCACCAUUCCAGCUUUGAGUCUGUCACCGACAGCCGAGGCGUCACCAAAUAACAGAGGAGAUCAAACCCUGAAAUUAUCAAACCCAAAACGUACCCCCACAUCCAGCCCCAGGGCACCGAGUCCAGAACCCGACCGGGUGGACCCCCUGGUGGCUUCUAGCCCCAGAAGGACUGAUGGAGUCCAAACACAGAUGCUAGGGACAGAAUCUACAAGCGUCUCAAGCUCGAUACCACAAAGACCUCCGACCACGGGACUCACAACAAAGACUACAAGCAAAAUAACUGUGAGCCUGGAAAUGCAAAGGAAUCGUGGAGAAGAUGGUGGAAGAGGAAUUAGCGCAGAGACACCGUCACCAAACAAGCUCCACCCUCCCAUGAGCCCAAGAGUCCACACCGAGGAAGGGGAUCCACGUGUUAUCAGUCCAGGACCGGCCAGUCGAACCCAAACAGUAACAAACAAAACCAGAACACCAGAUCCACAAAGCACCACGACCAAAACCAGGUCCGGUCAACAAGCUGGAGACGACUCUCGAACUUUCACUUCACAAAGUGAAAAGAUCGAAUCAACAACGCGAAGCAUCAAGACCCUUCAGAUAAGUUCUGUUAGUCCCAAACCAUCCAAGACCAGAAAAGCUCCUGGGACCAGCAACACCUCAAGGUCCAAGGAGGAUCUGGACAUUGAAGACUCAAGUACUUGGUCUGGGUCCAAAACUAGUUUGAAAUCUAGUUCAAAUUCUAAAGCCGUGACAGUGACCAGGGUCAGUCUGGAUUCUAAAGCUAGCACCAGAACCAAAUCCACAAUGGGAUCCAGAGAUAGUUUGGAUUCUAAAAGUGGUUCUGCUUCAAAAAUCAGUUUGGGAUCGAAGGACAGUUUAAACUCUAAAACUGGGUCAAUUUGUAAAACCAGUCCGAACUCCAAGUCCAGGACGGGUUCCAGAGAUAGUCUUGAUUCCAAAACUGCUUCUGAAAGCAAAAAAGGUUCUGGACCUAAAAUGGUUGUGGGUUCGAAACCAAUCAGAAUGUCAAAGCAUGACCCGUCUCCUAAAGCUCAGACUCCUUCAGACUCUAAAGUCAGUUUCUCUAGUGUUGAUACUGUUUCCAGUUCUAAACCUGGUCUGAGGACCUCGGGCUCAAAGGUGGAGCCGUCCAGAACUAUGUCCAUAUCUUCUUCUAGAUCGGUUCUGUCUGGGUCCAAAGUCCAAGGCCUCAAAACUACACCCAGUCCAGAGGAGGAACUGCUGGAGACCAAAGUGACAGCUGUCGGAGGACUGGGGGGGGCUGUAACUGAUGCCCCAGAAACCAGAAGCUCGUUAGACCCCCCACCGAGAGAACCCCGUCACCAGGGAGACGCAAAUACCAUCACCGCUGGCAGCUACAUCCCAUCGUCAAGGGCAACGGCAGCAGAGAGGAAGACGGAGCAGGAGAGGGGGGGGCAGAGGGAAAGGUCUUCCUCACCCAUCCAUCCUCCUCCUCCUCCUCCUCCUCCUCCUCCUCACUCAACAAGCUCCACCAGGGUCAGGGAGGCGGCGACCAUGACCGACCCCAGUGAGGAGCUCCACCUGCAGGCGGGGGGGCGGAGGGAUGUGGGCGUACAGGUGGAGGUCGUCAAACACUCAGCUUCCACAAGCCCAGACCUCCACAGGGGGGCUGCCCCAUCCUCCCUGAUUGGCUCCCCCAGCUGCCAAUCAGGCCCUUUGGCCUCAGAGAUGGUCCCUGCUGGUCACCCCCCCGUCCUGCACGUCUGCCAGAUCCACAUCGAGCUGCGCAGCCAAUCAGGGCUUCCUCCUGCUGUGACCCACAAGGCUGGUUCCCCCCCGGCCAGUCCUCGUCCCUGCAGCGUCCAGCAGGGACGAGGACUCCGACAGAACCAAGACCGAGAUCCACAGAAGGUGGUGUGGGAUGAGCAGGGGAUGACCUGGGAGGUGUACGGCGCCUCGGUGGACCUGGAGUCCCUGGGAACCGCCAUCCAGCUGCACCUGGAGUCCAAGAUCCGGGAGCAGGAGAAACACCUCAGUUCUCUGAGGAAGUCCAUCUGCUCCGACAGCAGCCUCCGAGGAGAGAAGAGGAGGAGGAGGAGGAAGGGAGCAGGGAUUCUGGGAUGUUGUAGGAGGAAACCUGCUGAGGCCGACUGA